CAGACAGACUUUCUUGAAGACUUUUCCUACUCAGCUCAUACUUCCACCAUGGCUAAAACAGAAAGCAGGAGAAGAAAACUGAAGCCAGUGAUAGAGAAGAAAAGAAGAGACCGGAUCAAUCAAAACCUUGCGGUGCUCAGGGCUCUGCUGUUCAACAGCACAGCAGAUGCGCGUUUACAAAACCCCAAACUGGAGAAAGCAGAAAUUUUAGACCUGGCUGUUCAAUAUAUACGAAAGAACACACAUGACAAUACAGAUAAGAAAGGGUCUGUUAAUCAGACUGUCGUUGAAAUGACACAUACUCAAACAAACUCAUCGAACCCUGUCUCUGCUGCUCAAACCCAUCGAUGUGUUUCGGAUUUUUCUACCGUCGUGGGUCAAAUGCACCACUUUGAGAGAGAGAAUUCCAGAUUGAGUCUGGAAUACUAUCUGGAUUGCCACCGGGGUCAUUCCUCCAGAGCCGGGAAAGAAUCGGACACCAAGUCACCCAACUCUCAUCAUUAUCUCUGCUCAUCAACAUCAGUGUCUCAUCCCUACAAACAAGAUCUAAUCUUCACUGAGUCUUCUUCAAUUGCUUCUAAAUCUGCCUGCCAAAAGACCAUUGUCUUUACUCCAUCAGAACAGCUCUCCCCUCCACCCUCUCCACUCUACCUACCUUUUGCUCCCUCUGUGUCUCCUCCCUCCUCCUCUCCCCCUCUCUUUACAACAACUUUCUCUGUCUGCAGUCCUGGAAGUUUACCUCAGCUAUUACAGCUUCAUCAAUCCAGAGCUCUAACUCCGUCGGCAUCUCUUAAUCUGGACACAAGAGAAGUGUUCCCUUCAUCCCAAACAACAUGGAGACCAUGGAGCUGAAAUGGAAUGGAGUGCUGGUAUCUCAAGAUCUGACCAAGAAGAAACAACAAUAGGGUGCUCAUAGACACCUCUAGUGGACACAUGUGGUACCUGAAGGACAGAAUAUUUCAUUCAGCUGGCAUUCUUUUUAAGAGAGGCCAAAUUCCAAAUGUCUCUAAAAGGCAUUUCAUUGUUUUAUGUACUUAAUCUAUUUAUUGACAAAUGUGGGUGCCUCUAUAGGCACCUCACUGUUUCUAUAUAUAUAGUGUAAAUAGUAUUUUACUGUAUUGCCACCAGUGAUUAUUCUUCAUUAAAACACU